AUGGACGACGUCUCCGAGAGUCAUGAUAACCAGGCAGAGGGGCGGAGCCACGAGGCCGACAGGGUUAACCUCCCAAUGGAAGAUGGUAGAAAUAAUAAACAGCCAAUAGGAGCACAGGGGGCGGGAUCAGAUAUGAUUUACACCAUCGAAGACGUCCCGCCCUGGUACCUGUGUAUCCUGCUGGGACUACAGCAUUACCUGACGUGUUUCAGUGGAACCGUAGCCGUGCCGUUCCUCCUGGCCGAGGCCAUGUGUGUCGGUCGAGACCAGAACACCAUCAGUCAGCUGAUCGGAACCAUUUUUACCACCGUCGGAAUCACAACUCUGAUCCAGACCACGGUGGGGGUCAGACUUCCUCUGUUUCAGGCCAGCGCGUUUGCUUUUCUGAUUCCUGCUCAGGCUGUUCUGGGUCUGGACCGCUGGAGGUGUCCCCCUGAGGAGGAGAUUUAUGGGAACUGGAGUCUUCCACUCAACACUUCACACAUCUGGCAGCCUCGCAUCAGAGAGAUCCAGGGCGCCAUCAUAGGGGCCAGUGCAGUGGAGCUCCUGAUUGGCCUGUGCGGGUUGCCAGGUCUGCUGCUGGAAUACAUCGGACCCCUCACCAUCACACCAACCGUCUCACUGAUCGGCCUGUCUGUCUUCACCACAGCUGGAGACAGGGCGGGGUCUCACUGGGGGCUGUCAGCGCUGUGUAUUUUGCUGAUCGUGCUGUUUGCUCAGUACCUGCGAGCGACAUCACUUCCUGUUCCUGUUUACAGCAGGAAGAAAGGCCUGACAUCCACCAGAGUCCAGAUCUUCAGGAUGUUUCCUAUCAUCCUGGCCAUCAUGCUCGUCUGGCUCGUCUGCUACGUCCUGACUCUGGCCAACCUGUUGCCUAGCGACCCCGAUCGCUACGGACACAAGGCGAGGACGGACGCCCGCGGUGACAUCAUGGCGUCCUCGCCCUGGUUCAGAGUCCCCUACCCCUGCCAGUGGGGGUUGCCGGUGGUAACGGUUGCCGGGGUGUUGGGGAUGCUGAGUGCAACAAUGGCGGGUAUCGUGGAGUCUAUCGGUGAUUAUUACGCCUGCGCUCGUCUCUCUGGAGCCACGCCCCCCCCGGUCCACGCCAUCAACAGAGGAAUCUUCACUGAAGGUGUCUGCUGCAUCAUUGCUGGGCUGCUAGGGACAGGAAACGGAUCCACUUCCUCCAGCCCAAAUAUAGGCGUGUUGGGCAUCACCAAGGUGGGCAGCAGGCGGGUGGUGCAGUACGGAGCCGGCAUCAUGUUGGUUCUGGGAUCCGUCGGCAAGUUUACAGCUCUGUUCGCCUCGUUGCCAGACCCGAUCCUCGGAGGAAUGUUCUGCACCCUGUUCGGGAUGAUCACAGCUGUUGGGCUCUCUAAUCUUCAGCUGGUGGAUUUGAACUCGUCCAGAAAUCUUUUUGUUCUCGGCUUCUCGAUGUUCUUCGGUCUGACGCUGCCGACGUACCUGGACACACACCCCGACUCCAUCCGCACAGGUCUUACAGAGCUGGAUCAGAUCCUGACGGUUCUUCUUUCCACUGAGAUGUUUGUUGGAGGUUUUCUGGCUUUUUGUCUCGACAACACAAUACCAGGGAGCAAACAGGAGCGAGGUCUGGUGCAGUGGAUGUCCUCCUCCUCCUCCUCCGGCUCCUCCUAUGAUCUCCCUCUGGGGAUGAACCUGGUCAGGAGGACUCGCUGGCUCCGCCGCUUCCCCAUCAGUCCCUCCUUCAGAGGCUUCAGGACGUCUGAGGAGCUGCCACCACCACCUGAGGAGGAGGAGGAGCCGGAGAGAGGAGGAGAGGAGGAGGAGGAGACUCCCAGCUCCAAGGUGUGA